GAUGGACGGAAUUUUCUAGUUAACUAAAAAAUUUGAAACUUCGUAUACUGGUAGAAUGUGUCGUAGUACCGGGAUUUGAAAAAAAAAAAAAAGAAGACUUUUCAAGGAAAGCCUUCCGCUCGUUUUCAAAAGAAAUGCAUUUUUCAAGGAGAGGUGCGAAACUGCAUUAGCCCCAAAAUUUCACCAAACCACACACAGAAGAAGGUUCCCCAGCAAUUCAGCAGAGUCAACAUCUUCACCCUUGUGUGUGUGUGAAUGUGUUUGUGAUGAGGGUUGAAAAGGUGGUGAAACAGCGCAAGAAAGCUUUCUCUUUUUUAGUUGUUGCUAACAGCUGGUCGCUAACAACAAGUGUCUGUGUGUGCGACGAUAUAUGCAGCGGCCAAAGAUUAAAAGCAUUGAACAAUUAUUCUAACCUCGACAUGGAAAAAUAUAAGACAAUGAAUAUUAAAACUUCAGAUGAGUGUGAACUAUGUAAGGUGUUUGGUACAAAGUCAAAGCACAUUUUAUCAUCUUUUAUAAACAAAAAUACAAAACCAGUUAUACUUACUUCAAGUGGAGAAGUUAAACCUUUAUCUUUUGCGAAAAAGAAAAAAUUACCCAGAUAUAAAGUUUUUCUGAAAAAGUUGUCUGAAACCUCUGAAAGUAAUGCCGCCCCUAGCAGUAAAGAAGAGUUAGAAGAGGACACAGAGAAGACACAAAAUUAUCAAUCAAAUAUCACACAAGUAAAAAGUACUGCUAAGUCUUUGAUUGAAGCAGCAGAAAAAUUAUGUAUGCCAAAGGGAUUGAAAUCUCCAGCUAAAACAAGAUAUACUGCAACUCCUCAUCAAACUAUUCCUAGAUUUUCAGGAUUAGCAAAGCUAAAGGAUACUUGGCAAGUUUCAGAUCCUGAUAUCCAAAAUGCAGAUAACCAAGAUGCUUUCAAUCAGAAAGACAAAUCAUCUGACCUAUUCCCUAAGUUGGAUUUGUUAAAGACUAAUGAUCAAGAAGAAAAUAUGACUAUUCACCAACAAAUAUUAAAGACAAUAUCAACUCCUAUCUCUGUGACCAAGGAAGACAUUCUCAAUUUGAAAGAUGCAUUUGUGAAAGUAAAGCCAAAAGUAUCUGAGAAGGAGGAGAAAGUUUCUACAUCAAUGGAAAAAAGUGAACCACAGCCAUUGAACAAAAUAAAAGAAGAAAUAGCUUUAAAGUCAACAAAAAUAAAGCAAUUCUGUAAGAUUACCCACCAUAAUUUUUGUGGGGCAACCAAUGAAUUUCAAAUUCCAUCUCCUUUUACAAAAGCCACCUGGAAAUAUCAUACACCAAGCAAAUACCAAACACAUUUUCCUAUCAAGUCAUGCAGAGAAAGCAUAACAAAAAACCGCUUGCCAGACGAUGAUGACCAAACUACAUUAACUGCCAACAUAAUGAUGGAUUGUGAUUUCAAGAAUGAUUUAAAUGAACUGGACUCUAAUGCUGAAAAGCUGCUUUCUGAGCUUCAGAUCACAAUUGAAGGAAACGAAGUCCCAACAAUGCUCAAUGAUGACCUGUAUUUUUGGACAUUAUCACCACCUAAACUUAAUAUAACUGCAAAGCAUGUUAAGAGAUUAAUGUUUCCUCUCUACCAGCAAUCACAAGCUUCAGAUGUUUUACAUUAUAGAAAAAUUGAUGAAUCACAGCAGUUUGCUCCAUCUUUUAGCCCUGCACCACCAAAAGAGGGCCACAUGAGCUAUGCUCUGCAGGAGGGGCAGACUGUUGUAGACAGCAUUACAUCUGGUCCUUUAGUUGGUGAAAGCUCAUCUCAAUUAGCAAUGUCAGAAAGUCUUGCAGGAUCAGCAGACAAGGUUCCAUCAGCUGUCUAUGGAGCAAGUGAGCAUGAGGUGUGCCCUUCAGCAUUAGGCAUUGCAUCUUCAAGGCAGCCAUCAAGUGCUGCAAGAGAAUCCGUAUCUGCAGAUGAUAUCUUCAGUACUUUGAGGGUUUCAACUGAAAGAGAUGAACACGAGAAGUUUCUUUCUCCUUAUGAUGUUUAUUCUGUAGAAAGUUUCUACAGUGGGAGAGCUCCAUGGGCACGAAGUGAAAGUGAAUAUUCAAGAAGCCAAAGUUCAAUUGAUCUUGAAAGCGUUCUGGAACCUCCAGUCAUUCUAGAAAAAACCUUGUCUGCAGGCAAUAUCUUCAAUGUUGAGAAAAUGUUAAGACUGCGUCCUGCAGCAAUUGAAAGUGAACCUUCCUACUUCGAUGUUGAAACAUUUGCAAAGCAAAGAGGCAAACCAUCUGAUUUAGAUAUUGAUGUGUGGAUCAAAGAAAUCUGGAAAACCUGGAGCGGUGAAAUAUCACCAGGUUUUAAAACAGAACUUCUGAACAAGACGGAUAUCUAUGAAGAACUCAAGUUAAACCAUCUGCUGCAGUGUACAUUUAGCCCUAAAAUUGCAUCUGAUAUUUCUUUUGAUGAUUUCCUCAAGUCAGCCAUCAGCAUUGAGUUUAACAUAACUGAUUACCAGACACUAAUGGAGGAAAUUGAAUAUCUCAGUAAAAAGAUCCUUCAUAGUGCUCCACCUUCUACAGACGACGUUUAUAAACGAGGAAUCCUUUAUUUAAAGACUGGAGACUUUGAAGCAUCUCUUGAAGAUCUUAACUGGGUCAUCAAAGAAGAUCCCGGGUAUAUGAAAGCAUAUUGGCAUCGUCAUUUGAUCUAUAUUUAUAAAGCCUCGUAUUUACUUGCGUUGGAUGAUCUAAAAGUUAUUGCAGAAGAAAGAAUAUCCUAUGAAUUAUACAUGGCUUUGGGUUUAGUUUAUGCUAAACUAGAGGAACCAGCAAACUCAAUUGACAAUUUCUCCAAUGCCAUCCAAUGUAACCCUGCUGAUGACCUGGCUUACCUUUAUAGAGCACAACUCUACCAAAUGGGGGGAUACAUUCAAGCAGCAAUAAGUGAUUAUCAGAAUGUUAUUGAUCUUCAUCCCCUUAAUUCUGUAGUUAUCUUGAAACAUGCGACACUUUCAAUGAAGAUUCGAAAGUGGAAUCUGGCACUAGCAGAUUUUGAUAAGUUAAUAGAAAUAUCUUUGAACAGUAAUUAUAUUUUACAACGAGCUAAAAUUUAUAUAGAAUUAAAGAAGUUUCAGUUGGCUCUAAAAGAUUUAUGUGUUGCCAUCCAUCUGGAUCCAAAUUCCUGGGAAGCCUAUUAUCUCCGUGCUUAUCUGCUGAAAAGGAACAAUAUAAAGCAGGCUAUUACAGAUUUUAGUUUAAGUUUAUUUCUGAAUGAUAUGCAAGAAAACAUGAGCUCUUAUUAUCAAAGAGGUCAGCUCUAUAUAAAACUUGAACUCAUUCAUCAAGCCAUCAGUGAUUUUCUGUGUAUACUUCAAUUCCAACCAAACCAUGUAAAUUCUCUACUCACUUUGGGACAUAUUUAUUCAAGAUAUAUCCAAAAUUAUAAAAAGGCUUUAAUGUAUUACACAGAUGUAAUAAACCUGGAACCUACAUCUAUCAGAGGUUAUUUCUCCCGUGCUCAGGUUUAUCAAAAAAUUGAACAGUACACUGAUGCCUUAAAAGAUUUCAUCAUUGUAAUUCAUAUACAGCCCAAUAACUAUAGAGCCUACCUUCAUUUGGGUUACUUAAAUUUAAAGCUGGGCAACUAUGCCAUGUCACAUGCUUUCCUUAGUUUGGCUGCUGAAAGAAGUUCUGAGACUGGCAUUGGUUGGACUUCAGAAAUGUCAAUGGUUCAAUUAUUUCUCGGAAAUAUUUCUACUGCACUUGAUAUUCUAAAGUACAACAUUACCAAAGACCCAUGUUCAAUUCCACUGCUCAAAAUGUUAGCCAAAGUUCAAAUAGCAGACUUCCGUUACCGUGAAGCUCUUCAAACCUAUUUCUUAAUGAAAGAUAUUAUGAGACCAGAAAAGAAAACCUGGCCAGAAGAAGCUGAUGAUGUGUUUUAUAAUAUUGGACGAGUCCAUAUGAAACUAGAGGAAUAUGAGGAGGCAUACAGUGCUUUUACUCAAGCUAUCAAGAUAAACCGAAAUCAUAAAGAUGCUAUUUAUUAUCGAGGAAUUGUGAAAAUCCACUUGAAUAUGUGUGAUUUUAUCCGUGAUUUUAAUAAAUCUCUUACAUCUGGCCGUCGCAAUGCUCAGGUUUUCCUAAGUAGAGCCUGUUAUUUUGGUAUGCUAAAAAACUAUCCAAAAGCAAUAUUAAAUUGCAAUGAAGCCCUUGAAAUAGAACCUCAAAGUAUUAAAGGAUUACUCUACAGGGGAGCUUUAAAGUAUUUCAUAGGAGCAUAUAAAUUUGCCAUCGUUGACCUGACAGAAGCCAUCAAAAUACAAAGAAAUGUAGCUGUAGCUUAUUUUAAUCGAGCAGUCUGCUAUGCAGCUUAUGGCAAAAAGACUAAGGCUUUACGGGAUUAUGCUAUUGCAUUGCUUAUUGGAGGAAAAAUGGAUUACAAAGUUUAUGUGAACCGAGGACUUUUGUAUUAUUCAUUGAAUGAUAUUUCAAAUGCUUUCAAUGAUUUUAAAAGCGCCAUAAAGAUUGAUGGCGGAGAUCACAGAGUCUUCCAUAUUUUAGGACUGAUUUUGCACAGCCACAGUGCUAAUGCUUGA